AUGGUGCGCGAGAGCAAGGCGCUGGGCAGCGCUGGGCAUGAGGCAGCGCUGACGGGUGCGGUUGGCGGGGCUCGCAGCGCUGGCAUGUGGCGUGUGGCUGAGCGGUGCGGGGUGCUGGCGGUUGGCGGGUGGGCUGGGCGGGGCGUGGCUGGGCGGGGCGUGUCUGGGCGGGGUGGCAGCGCUGGCGGGGGCGUGGCUGGGUGGUCUUGGCGGCUGGCAGCGCUGGCAGCGCUGGUGUGGCUGGGCGGGCUUGGCGGGCUGGCAGCGCUGGCAGCGCUGGCGUGGCUGGGCCGGCUGAGCGGGCUGGCAUGUGCGCUGACGGGGGUGGCUGGCAGCGCUGGGCGGGUGCGGGUGGCGGUGUUGGCAGCGCUGACGGGGUGGGCUGCGGUUGGCGGGUGGGCUGGGCGGUUCAGGGUGUGCGGCGUUGACGGUUGCGUGGCUGGGCGGGGUGGCUGGCAGCGCUGGCGUGUGGCGGUGUGGCUGGGCAGGCUUAGCGGGUGCGCUGAGCGGGCUGGCAGCGCUGACGGGAGUGGCUGGCGGAGGUGCUGGCAGCGCUGGCGGGUGGCAGCGCUGACGGGUGCGUGGCUGGGCGGGCUGGGCGGUUUGGCAGCGCUGGCGGGUGGCAGCGCUGACGGGGGCGUGGCAGGGCGGGCUGGCGCGUAG